UUGUGUUGUGGGUAUCCUUCGUUUGCGAUGAUCCUAUCUGGAUCGCAGGGUGGUCUACUAUAGGUCUUCGCCUGUGUUGCUUCUCAUGUUUCGGUCUAUGGAUUCCUGGGUUUCCGAGCCCACUAUCUAAGGAGCGCUGUCCUCUCAGUGCAACUAUUGCUUCAUGAACAUAGGUAAAAUGCCUUCUAUGAUAGCCUUAGAUCAGAAGGAGCCAAUUUUGGUGGAGAAUCCCAAUCGCUUCACUAUGUUUCCCAUCAAGUAUCCUCAAGUCUGGGAAAUGUACAAGAAAGCUGAAGCUUCUUUCUGGACAGCGGAGGAAGUGGAUUUGUCAGCAGAUUCUAAACACUGGGAAACACUGACCGACGAUGAACGACACUUUAUCAGCCACGUGCUGGCGUUCUUUGCAGCCUCGGAUGGAAUUGUGCUUGAAAAUUUGGCUGUGCGGUUCAUGAAAGAGAUUCAGAUCCCUGAGGCCAGAGCGUUCUACGGAUUCCAGAUAGCUAUUGAGAACAUUCACUCAGAAAUGUACAGUUUGUUGUUGGAGGCGUACAUUAAAGAUCAAGCUGAGAAGAGCAGACUUUUCAAUGCCAUUGAGACCAUACCUUGCGUUGCUAGGAAGGCUGACUGGGCUCUAAAAUGGAUCGACAGUGCUGGGAGCUUUGCAGAGAGAAUCCUGGCUUUCGCCUGCGUCGAGGGGAUUUUCUUUUCAGGGAGUUUUUGCGCCAUCUUUUGGCUCAAGAAGAGAGGUCUUAUGCCAGGGCUUACGUUUUCCAACGAACUCAUCUCACGAGAUGAGGGCCUGCACUGCGAUUUUGCAUGCCUGCUGUACACGCUGUUGAUCAACAAACUCUCUGAAGAGAGAGUGUAUGAGAUCGUGUGUGAAGCUGUGGAAAUUGAACGUGAGUUCGUGUGUGAGGCUCUGUCCUGCGAUCUUGUCGGCAUGAACAAAAUUUUGAUGAGCGAAUACAUAGACUUUGUUGCGGAUCGUUUGCUGGUGUCUCUUGGAUAUAGGAAAAAAUAUAACGCUCUCAAUCCUUUCGACUGGAUGGAGCUAAUCUCAUUACAGGGAAAGACUAAUUUCUUUGAGAAGAGAGUGGGAGAAUAUCAGAAGGCCUCAGUUAUGUCUAAUCUGAAUGGUGGUGACACAAACAAUCAUGUAUUUCGACUGGAUGAAGACUUUUGAUUGCCAGCCUCCGCUGACAUUGUACAGAUUUGGCCACUUGGGAGACGUGUAGCAACUUUUUGAAGGCGGAUUCUUUCAGAUUUGGCCAAGCCAACAUGUAGUUCGCGUAAGUGAGCUAGUGAAAUUAGGUUUGUGAAUGUCAACGUCCUUGUACAAUAUUGGAUUUUUACAUGACGUUUCGCUUGGACCGCAGUACUGUAACUCAAAAUUCAGCCUGUUGAAAUCUCA